GCUGAGGCGUGUAUGCUGAUUUCUUUAUCGCUGCUCGCCGUUCGUGGCCGCGAGUGUGUUUGUGUUUAGUUCGGUUUUCGCCUCCGAGGCGGACGAUGCACUUUCGGCCACUUCUCCAGUGAAAAUGGUGCGCAAGUACAAAUUCAUCACCGGCGGCUACUACCGAACCCUCGAGCCGCCGGCCACCGUCGGCACGUCCUCGUCCGCAGCGCCGAGCAACGCCACAAUGCAGCACUACCCGUACUUGCAGGAAAUGAAGGAGCGACUACUGCUUAAUCCCGAAACGGACGGAACCGAUCCCGAUAUCAUGGAAAAGCCGGAACAGGUGAUGGAUACGGUCAUCAAGUGCAACCCUGACGGAUUCGGAUCCCACACUUCGCCGACCCGCGCCGUUCUCUACAGGCCCGGAAGAAACGACGACGGCCCAAUGCACCCCAAAAAUGCAAAGACGUCUUUGUUCAUUGUCAUGAGUUUCAUCUACGCGAAACUUCUUGUGGUGGUGUGCAUCGCCUUCCAGAUCUCAGAAGUGGUCACCCACAAUGUGCCACUGCACUACUACGAGGCAUUCUUCACGUACUUGUACAGCGCGAGUAUUCUGUACCUCCUGUACGUGUUCUGCUACCUUCUCACUGGAAACGGUCGUCCUGAGCGACGACCACCCCCAAAGAAGAAGAAGGAAAAGAAGGAGAAGAAGAAGGAAAAGGGCGCCGACGACGCCUCCUCGCCUUCGCAGGCCCAAAAGAACAAGGGCGCCCUGUUCCAGCAAGAAAGCUACCCCCGCAAGAAGAAACACCAAAUGCGGCAGCAGCCAGGGUCGUCCGCCUCCCCGCCUCCGGUAGUCAUAACCUCCGGAGGCGGGAGGAGCCCUGACGGCAGGGGUCAGUUUGGAAAGGAGGGCAAGGAAGGUGUCGACUCGGGCAACGAGACCGCCGCCAGCCCACUGCAGGAAAAGGGCAGCAGCCACGACCUGCUGGAAAAGCCACGCAAGAGGAAGACCUCCGAGAGCGACACUGGACACGGAUCCUUCUUCCUGCGCGUUGGUGCUAUUGCCUUCGGUCUGGGCACCAUGAUCUACAACGGACUGGAAUUCGGCUCCUGGUUUGAGAUCCCGCAAUACUCGGACUGCUACUCGGUGCUGAGGGGAGCCAACCCCGUUCUCCAGAUGAUCUUCACCUUCAUGCAAAUGUACUUCAUCUUCAUGAACUCGAGACUCAACAUUCACCGCUUCAAGGUGAUCUCCCGCUUCGGUUUGAUGCACGUCGUCGCCACCAACAUCUGCGUCUGGAUUCGGACGCUGGUGCUCGAGUCUCUGAAGGAGGUGUCCGCGUGGAAGAUCCGCCAGGGCGAGGACGGCGUGUCCGAGGACUUCAUGAUCCUCGAAGGACAGCGAUUGAUGGCCAAGCGUCGUGGAGAGACCCCCGACUACAUGGCCAACAUCAACAACUUCAUUAAUGACCUAAUCAAGACCGCAUCUAAGCAGUUUGACAGUGAAGAGGGCUCAACCUUUGCCACCGAGGACACGACUGUCAUCCCGGCCACCACCACCCAGCUGAGCUAUCUCGAGGCCGAGGGCUUCAUGUCCAUUGAAAAGAAUCACUCGGACUACAUCCACCCAUCGAACUACUCUUGCGGCCGCAUCAACAUCAUGGGCACCAUCGUGCAAGACUCGGCUCCCUACCUGUAUCCAUUCAUUAUUGAGUACAGCUUGAUCGGAGCAGCCGUUAUCUACGUCAUGUGGUCUCGCAUUGGACGCAAUCCAAGGUACAUGUCCUGCGACGAAGAGGAAGGAUUGAUGGCCCCCGUGGCCAUGGUGCCCGUUCGAAGAAUCGACAACGGCCGCGUCGACUGUGUGGGUGCAAGCAAGGGCCUGUUCUUCGGCCUGCUGCUCUUGGUCGGCUCGCUCAUCUGCCUGAUCCUCUUCUUUGUGCUUGUGCACCAUCGGGAUCUGGGCAUGCUCGCCAUUUACCUGGCCGACGUCUCGCAUUGUGUGGUGCUCACCCUGGCGCUGCUCGCCAUCUUCAUCGGUUUCUGCCGAGUGCGAAGUCUCAAAUUCCACAUCGACUCGACCAAUAUUCUGAACGAUAUUCUGCUGCGCGUCUCUGCAUUUGGUCUUUUCAUCUACGCAGUGUUCUCUGUGAUUGCUGGCUCGUUGUCUGCAUUCACUCAUGAACCCAACCUUCUAGUCAUGGUCACCGGCAUUCUGGUCGUGAUUGAGGUUGUUUUCCAACUGCUCUUCAUUGCCGACGUCUCCAGGCGCCGCGUGCAUUUGCCUGAGCAUGAAAGGACUAAACCAGGUCGCCAGGUGGUCACUUUCCUGCUGAUUUGCAACAUCACCAUGUGGGUCAUCUACACCUUUGAAGUGCAGAAGGUUGGCGCCAACCCCGUGCAGCUUGACUUCUAUGGCUUCCUUGCCUGGGCCAUUGUGCAGCGCAUCACUCUGCCGCUGUGCAUUUUCCACCGUUUCCACUCGGCCGUCGCUUUCGCCGAGAUUUGGAAGACGAGCUACAAGCCGCGGUUAGAGUGAGAU